CUAAAGUAGAGUUUAGCAACGUAGAGUGAGCUAACGUAGAGUUUAGCAACAUAGAGUGAGCUAACAUAGAAUGAGCUAACGUAGAGUUUAGCAACGUAGAGUGAGCUAACGUAGAAUGAGCUAACGUAGAGUUUAGCAACGUAGAGUGAGCUAACGUAGAGUUUAGCAACAUAGAGUGAGCUAACAUAGAAUGAGCUAACGUAGAGUUUAGCAACGUGGAGUGACCUAAAGUAGAGUUUAGCAACGUGAAGUGCGGUAACGUAGAGUGUAGCAGCGUAGUGAGCAAACAUAGAGUUUAGCAACGUGAAGUGAGAUAACGUAGAAUUUAGCAACGUAGAGCUUAGAAAUAUAGAGUGAGCUAACGUAGAGUUUAGCAACAUAGAGUGAGGUAACAUAGAAUGAGCUAACGUAGAGUUUAGCAACAUAGAGUGAGGUAACAUAGAAUGAGCUAACGUAGAGUUUAGCAACAUAGAAUGAGCUAAAGUAGAGAUUAGAAACGUGUAGUGAGUUCAUGUUGAGUGAGCUAACGUAGAGUGAGUUAGCUCAAUGGUAGACACGUAAACUGACGUCACCAGAUGUCCCAUGAGGAGCGAUGCCAGUGACGUGGUCUGGUUGUCGUGUGGUGACUUUAAACGUGUUGCAUUGCCGCUCAUGCUAACGCAUGGGUUUGUUUGUGACUCUGUAGAUACAAACUGCAUUAGCUGUCUGUACAGUUACUCUAAAUAAUAAUAAUGAUGAUGAUGACGGGUUUGUCAAAGAGAUUGAUUAACGUUACAUGAUAAAAAAAAUGGGAUUUGGGGCUUCUUACAAUUAUUACCUGGAAGAAGCAGAGCUGAGACAAAACUUUCUCUCUUGACCAUGCAGCCGGUGAUCCGUCAGUACCGUCCCUCAGACAAGGACGCAGUGCGCGCCCUCUUCAGCAACGGCAUCAAGGAGCACAUCCACCCGUGUUUCCGGAACGCCAUCACCAACCCUCUCAACCUCGCCGUCGCCCUGGCUCUGUGUGUCGCGGGCCGCCUGCUCGGCUCCGUGUCGGGCGCUGUGGUGCUAACGGGAGCCUGGGUGGGCCUCGUGUACUACUGCUGCCACGAGGUAUACGCCAGCUACGUCAGGGAGAAACUCCGGACGGACAUGCAGGACAUCCCCGGGAACUAUCUGAGCCGGCCGGACGACUGUUUCUGGGUGGCGGAGGCCGAGGUUGAUGGGAGGACCCGGAUCUUGGGCACGGUGGCCGUAGUGGCCAAACAAAGUGGGGAAGAAAGACACGGAGAAAUGUUCCGGAUGGUCAUCUCGCCGACGUGCCGUCGGGUGGGCCUGGGCCGGCGGAUGACCCAGACCGUGGUUGACUUCUGUAAGGAGCGAGGCUUCUCCAAGGUGGUGCUGGAGACCAGCUCCACCCAGGUGGCUGCUGUGCAACUGUACGAGAAACUGGGCUUCAGCCAAGUCGGCUCACACAAAAGAACCCUCACUUCUGAUUGGAUUCUUAUGCUUACCAAGGUGUGGAUUGUGAUAAUGGAAAAACCCUUGUAGUCCCGGCUUCUCUGUCUGCCGAAGUGUUAAAGGGCUUUAAGUCCAUUUACCAUUUCUGAAAAAGAUCAACUAAUGUUCCUCUUCAUCCGUGGUUUAAAGUUCUCUGUGAUGAAUACUCGACUGCUACAAUGAUCAGUAAUGACGUCUCACUGCUUCAGCAGCAACACUAAUUGUCAGGUUUUCUCGUAGUCGAUGCAACUAACUAUUCUGAAUCUUUUACACAUUAUACUGUUGUUUAUUAUAAGUUUGGGCCAAUAUUUAACUUACUGAUGAAUAAUGAUUCUUUUUAAAGUGCUGUGAUUUUCUUUCUCACAAAUUGACCAAUCACAUUCGUGUUUUAUGCACAAAAACAUGCAAGUAAAUAAAAUCACUCAAAUUGUUUUACACCGCC